AAAGUACUCAAUAACGUACAAACUAUAUUUCAUUUUAACUAGUGAUCCACCUUUAUUGCAAACUCAAGCACAAUCUCAAAUUCCAGGUUGUCACGCCGGCCGGCGUGUCACCGGUUGUACCUGAUUCAACCUGUACCAGUCAUAAAACCGGCGUGACACCACCGGUAUGACCGGCAUGAUCGAUAUACAAAUCUCUAAGUAAAAUAACCUUAUUUUAGUGACUUUAAUUGUUAAAAAUUAUUUUAUUAUUUAUUUUAUGAGUAUAAAUGUUAAAUAUUGAUGUUAUUUGUUGGAUUCAAGUAUAAAUGUCUAGGUAUUGACGUUAAAUGUCAUGUUUAAAAUGAGUAUUUAUAAUUUUAUUUGUAAUAUUGACCGGCAUAAACCGGCACAAAUCGGUAUGUGCCAUCGGUCGAACCAUUCCACUUGCUAAACCGGCACACUAGCAUAAACCGGUUUGACAACCUUGUCAAAUUCUCAAAUCAUUUGAUUUCCCCAUUGUUUCGAACAAGGAAGUAGUAGACAAUGGUCCUGAAUAAAGUCAAGUCUUAUAACCACAAUGAAAUCGUCAAUAUUCAACAUCUCAACCUCCUCCUCAUUAUGCCUCCACUGCUCCUGACCUCACCCGGAGCCCGGAGCCUCAUAAAUGAGAACGAACGCCCACCGCCGGCGUCCUUCUAGACGGUCCCUAAUUUCCUCAAAGAGGUGCUGGACGAAUUCGCCGUUGACACACUCCGUCGUCAAAGCGGUGGCGGGGACCACCACAUGCAAAUUAUUAUUAAUUUCUUUCAUCCCACACGCAAAUUAUUUUGGGCUUGAUUAAAACCCGAGGAAAGAAAAAAAAGCCCACCACUGGCGACCCUUGACCACCACCACCUACCCCACGUGGCCGAAAGCCCCUAAACUAAAACCACACCCUCAAAAACCAAACGUCCCCGCCACCCCCAUUUUGCUUUCCCUCUCUCUUCUCAAUUCUCAUCACACAAUAAUACACAAUAUUACAGCAGAGAGAGAGAGAGAGAGAGAGAGAAAGAGGGGAAAUUCGAAAUCGCAGCUCUCUCAUGGCGGAAGCGUACGAAGACGAGGAAGAGGUGUGGAAGUGCGCCAAGCAUCCGCCGCGGUCGUCGCGCUCCCGCCGCCCCCGCUACGGAAUCUGCCACCGCUGCCUCAGGGAGCGCCUGGCGGCUCUCUGCCCCCACUGCGGCGACGCCCGCCGCCCCUGCUCCUGCGGCGCCUGCUCCUCCACCACCGCCGCCGAUUCUUCUUCAUCGUCGUCGUCGACGAUCAAGAGGUCCGGAAGCGUCAGCCGCAUAUCGAAUUUUCUGUUCGAGAGCAGCAGCAGCAACACCGCCGAGCCUUCCUUGCGGCGGUCGAGAUCCUUGGCGGUGGCGAUUCCUUUCCUCCGGUCGUCAACCAAUCGUCAUCCUCCUCCUCCUGCCGCUGCUUCCGACAAGGCGGCUCCCACUCCCGCUCCGUCGUUCUGGUCAAUUCUGAAAGGCGGCGGCGGCGCGUCGGCGAAGAAGAAGGACGGCGUGGCGGCGGGGGAGGAGGAGGACGGUGAGCAGCUGCGGAGGAGGAUGAUGAUGAGGAAAUCUAGGUCGGUGGCGGUGACGUCAGCGGAUGCAGGGAGGCCGUCGUCGUGGAAAGGAAGCGGCGUUGGGAGGGGGUGGCAUUUCCCGAGUCCGAUGAAGGUGUUCCGGCAAUCGAAAAUAUCCGCCAGAGGCGGCGGCGGCGGCGGCUUGAUGCAGGGGAGUGAAAGGUCUCCGUUGGACCGCGGUUGAUUAUUAUUGAUUAAUUAACUUAAUUAAUUAAUUACUCUUUGGUGGGAUUUGUGUACAGAGGAUUUUUACUUGGUUUGUUGCGAACUUGCGAUUGCUUUUCCUUUCGUGCCCGACUUUUGCCGUUGCUAAUCUCGAGUGUGGGGGGUUUGACGUGGCGGGUUAUUACUGAAGCUAAAUCUCCUCAUCGGAAAGAUGAAACUGAUGUUAAUUGUGCUUUGUGAAGGUUGAUUAAUACUGAUAAUAAUAAUAAUAAUAAUAAUAAUAAUAAUAAUAAUAAUAAUAAUAAUAUACUAUGGAGGGGCCAUGUGUUCCUUUUAUUUUUCCUGUUUGUUUUAGCCGUGACGUGAUUAUGUGAAUAUGAAUGUGAAUGUUCAUCUGUAUUUGCACACAAAAAUUUCCCCCAAGUUGAUACGAUUGUCCAUAUUGCACUGUCUGGCAACAGGGGGAAAAUCGAUAUUGCACAUGCACUAAUGGAUUUUAUCAAUUAUAUUUUUUUUAAUAAUCGUUUGACCUUUCAACAUCCGGACUUUUCAAUAGCCGCAACAAUGGAAUGGGCCUUGACGUCCACUGUUGGGCUUACCGUAACAAGGGAAAAUGGGCCGGAUGGGUGUGCGAAAGCCCAGGAAGAUUGGCGUCGAGUUUUCCUAAUGGGCCAGAGACUAGAGAAGUUGGGCUUCAUUCAUCGGACUACCGAGAAGUCGCUUUCUUGUUGAGAGCGGAUCUGGUGACUAGGGGGGGGGGGGGGGUGCUUAGUCACUUGGCUAAGCCCCCUCAGCCAUUGGAUCCUUAUUAAUUGAUCUAAUGGUGGAAAUAAGGGAAGGGAUGAUUAAAUAAUGAGAGGGGCAAUUUUGGGAUUAUGAAAAUUUUAUUUAAUUAUUUUUUUCCUCCAGCCUGUCUUCUUCUGCGUAGCACCGCCGCCCAUGAGAGAGAAGCGCUGCAGCGGGGGAGAACGCCGGCGAUGAUGGAAGAGAGGGCGGCGACGACGACAAUGGAGAUCUCGACGGUGCCGGCGACGACGAAGAGAGGGAAAGGAGAACGAACGUGACAGAGGCGGCAGCUUUGAAGAGAGAGAAAGUAGAUCUCGUCGUCGUCGGGAAACCAGAGGAGAGAGAGAGACGAUGGUGGAGGAUAGAGGCGGCGGAGAGAGUGUGUCGGCGACAAUGGAGGAGAGAGAGGCAGCGCGACGAUGGAGAGAGAGAGAGGUGGCGACGACAGUAGAGAGAGUCAGCGGCAGCGGCGGUGGAGAGACAUCGUAUAGGUCGUCUGAAGGAAGAACAGUGAUUUGUAUAGUUUGUAUGUUUUGUAACAUUAGUUUGUAUUGUUAGUAUUUUUGUACAAAAUGUCAGUAUGAUUUGUAUAGUUUGUAUGUUUUGUAAUAUUAAUUUGUAUACUUUAUAUGUAUUGAUUUGUGCUGCAAAUCAUGUCGCUUUGUAUUGUAAGUACUAAUAAUUUGUAUACUUUAUAUGUAUUGAUUUGUGAUGCAAAAAACAUUACAAACAUGGUUGACAAAAAUGACAAACAUGUGGACAAAAAUAACAAACAUUACAAACAAUACAAAAGAAACCAACAAACAUUACAAAAGAAACCGACAAACAGUACAAAGCAUACUACACGUACAGAAUAUCACUACUUACAAUACAGAUUGGUAAACUUG